AUGUCGAUUUCACUCACUCCAACAUCAAUUGUAUCUCGGCACCAACGUAUCUGUUCCGCUUCAUUUCAAUCUUUACUCUCCACACAAACAGAAGACGUAAAAAGAGUGAAAGAAGAAGGUUUACCUCCCGAAGAAAGUGUCUGGUACCUCUUCGAUGUCGGAGAGGAGCAACAAAAAUCUAGAGAACAUAUUCAGGUGAUUGAAGAUGCAGUUGAUGAGAUGUGUAGAAGACUCAGAGAUAUUUCAGAGAAUGUAGAGCGAGAAUUGAGAUUUAUUUUUGUUAGUUGUGCCAAAACUGUUGGGAAAUUAUGCAGGUUGGUGGUUUUUGGGUUGCUUCUUUUUGUCAUUUUCGAGACUGAUGCAGGGCGGUUGUUUGCUGUUGAUGAACAAGUCAUGAAGUUUAUGAAAUGGUGA